GCUAAAGGAUCAGAGGAAGUGAUUUCUAUGCUUCACCACUUUAUAUUUACUCAAUUAGAUAAAAGAGUAAGAGGGUUCGAAAUAUUUUGCGAUUCAUGUGGGGGGCAAAACAAAAAUAUAAUAUUUUUCGAUAUAUCCAUUACGUUGUUGUAACUACUAGAAGACUUGACAGGAUAAAAAUUACCUUUCCUAUAAGGGGACAUUCUUAUCUUGAAUGCAAUAAGAAUAUGGGCCUCAUAAACCAGAAUACUAAAGCUGAGACUACUGCUGACUGGAUUAAUGAAAUUAAAGGAGCAAGAGCUAAGCUAACGCCAUUUAAAGUUUUUGAUCUCGACCAGAGUUUCGUUCGUCAAUGGAAUAAUUAUUUAACCCAAUAUUAUGUAGUAAAAUUUCCAUUUGCAAUACAGCCACUUCGGGAAAUUCAAGUGAAAUCCAUGCAUCCCAGAUAUUUUUCAAAUCGCUCAAACUAUAAUGGGGCCAUAGAAACUUCAAUAAUUCGUACUGCUUUUAUCAACAAAAUAGAAAGGCCAGGGCCUAACGAAUUUUUUCUACUGGAUAAACAGUAUAUAGAAUUCAUAACAAUAAGUUUGGAAAAAUGGGAAAAUUUACAGCAAUUAAAAACGUUUUGUGAAACUGAUGGUGACUAA